CAGGGUAGGGCAGGGGCUGGGCUGGGCUGUCCCCGGGCUGGCAGGGAGAGGGCAAGAGGUGGCCGGGAGCUGGAGGUGGCACAGCUGGACUUUGGCCACCGGGACAGACUUUGGAGCUGAAAGGUCCCAGCUGGCACCCGGGGUCGGGCUGCGUGGGACGAGUGGGGCUCAGUGGUGGGGAGAGGGGAGCGGGACCGUGUGGCCAGCCCUGCGCCCAUCCAGGGACAGGGGCUGUGCUGGUGAAAAGCUGGGACCCCCUGGGAGGGGAGGCAGGAGCGGGGGGGGGGGGGGGGGGUCCUGUGCCCCCGUGCCCAGGCUGACGCCAGCCUCUGCCCCCCGUCCCACUGGGGGGGGGACAGCUGGGACCGGAGCUGCUCCCUCUGGCCCCCGGGCACUCAUCCCUCCGUCCACGAGGGUCCCCUCGGGAGCGGGGACCCCCCCCCCUCAUCCCUCCAGGGACUACAGCGCUUUUCCUUAUGCUUUCUUACUGCUUUUAUCCCAUCACACCCUGUGCCGGCAGCCAACCAACCCCGCAGCUCCUAUGUCCCCCCGGGACCUGCUGGGACCCUCCCACCCAGGACGGGCACCCUGAAACGGUGCCGAGCACGUGGCAGGAGGGCGCGGGGAUCCCCCCCUCCCCAACCAACCCCCCCCCCCCCCCCCGCCCCAGACCCAGGGGACUCUGCCAACUGGGACCAGAACGAGGAGCAGAGCGUGGCCAGGCCGUCACCCGUCUGCAUCCGGAGGUGGUGACGCGCCUGCCUCACGUCACUGCCCCAGCAGCCAGGACUCGCUCCCGCCCGCGUGCUGCUGCCGGUUCCCCAAAACACAGUGCGGCUGCCGGGGCCCUUCUCCCCGCAGCCACCGGAGCCUGCCGGGAUCCCACGGGACCCGGCUGGGAGGAGACGGGCGCUGCUUUGCCCUGCCCUGCGGAUGCGGUGGGAGGUACGAGGCCUCCAUUCCCAGCAGAGCGGCUGCCCAGACCUCUCGGCCCCCAGCGCGGCCGUAUCACCCCCGGGCCCAGGCACCCAGCCCUGAGCCAUGACGCUGCUCACCCAUCUCCUCGCCUGCACCUUUGGCACGGGCUCCUGGGUGGCCAUCAAUGGGCUGUGGGUCGAGCUGCCGCUGCUGGUGACGGUGCUGCCGGAGCAGUGGGACCUGCCCUCCUACAUCACCAUCAUCAUCCAGAUGGCCAACGUGGGGCCGCUCUUCGUCACCCUCAUGCACCGUUUUCGGCCCGGCUUGCUGAAGGAGGUGGCUGUUAUCUACGUGGUCGUGUCCGUGGGUGUCGUGGCCUGCUUGCUGCUGGCCUUCCUCUGGAACUACACGUCCCCCAUCGCCGGGAGGCCCCACAGCACCGCCUUCCUGAUCCUCACCUUCUUCCUGGCCCUGGUGGACUGCACCUCCUCCGUCACCUUCCUGCCCUUCAUGAUGCAGCUGCAGCCCCAGUACCUGACCACCUUCUUCAUAGGCGAAGGGCUCAGCGGGCUGAUCCCCGCUCUCAUCGCCCUGGGCCAGGGCUCUGGCAUCUCCAGCUGCACCAACGUCACCCACGUGGUCAACUUCACCACCGGCAACGAGACCGUGGAGAGCACCGUCUUCCAGCUGGAAACCCGCUACCUCCCAGCCAACUUCUCCACCCACCUCUUCUUCCUUCUCAUGACUGUAAUGAUGCUGGCCUGCUUGCUGGCCUUCUUCUUCCUCGCCAGGCAGCCCAAGGUGUGGGAGCUCUCCCAGCAGCAGCUGUUUCCCAGCAGCAUCAUGCUGAGCUCAUUUGACCAGAUCCCCAACGAGGGAGCUGGCUCGCGGCUGAGCGGAGGCUGCCCAUGCCCGAAGGAUGCCAAGGGGCCCAGGAACAUCCUGCCGCAGAAGGUCUCCUACCCCCUGGCCAAACUCACCUUCAUCUACCUCCUCAUCGCUUGGGUGAGCGCUCUGACGAAUGGGGUCCUGCCAUCGGUGCAGUCCUACUCCUGCCUGCCCUACGGCAACACCGCCUACCACCUCGCGGCCACGCUCAGCUCCAUGGCCAACCCCCUCGCCUGCAUCGUGGCCAUGGUCCUGCCUGGCAGGUCCCUGGCCCUGCUGGGCACCCUCACCAUGGCGGGGACAGGCUUUGGCGCCUACAACAUGGCCAUCGCGGUGAUGAGUCCCUGCCCUCUCCUCCAGCAGUCCCAGUGGGGCGAUGCCACCAUCGUCCUCUCCUGGGUGCUCUUCACCGGGACGCUCUCCUACGUGAAGGUGAUGGCCGGGGUGAUCCUGCGGAGCCGCAGCCGCAGCGCGCUGGUGUGGUACGGGGCAGUAGAGCAGCUGGGCUCCCUCCUCGGGGCCCUGCUCAUGUUCCCCCUCGUGAAUGUCUACGGCUUCUUCAAAUCCGCUGACUACUGCAGCCUGCAGUGCCCGGCAUGAGUGGGGCAGGCACCCCUGGACAGCCCCUCUUGCCAGCAUGCGCCCCGAAAAACAGCGAGGGCCGCGGAGCCAGGAAGCGUUGCUGGGACCGGGGCGGCUGCGGGCAUGUCUCCCCGCUGGGCUUCGCCAGGUCACCGGGCAGGAGCAGCUCCGUGGCUUUGUCUCCAGUCCGGGUGCGGGAUGUCUCCAUUGCGUUCAAAGCAAUAGAAGGUGUUUGCUCA